AGGAAAGACUAAUAAGAGCCGGUUCGCAAAGUGAUCGCGUUCACCGAAGAGACAGUGACUGGUGUGUCCGAGACAAUAAUGGACGAGGAAGAAUCAUUUCUCGAUUUCAACUGCACGCUGAACCUGACGAGUCCGUUCGUGUUACCUUCCAUGGAGUCGCAGUCCGAGCGUUCAGUCGACGUUUCCAACUGGAUAUCCAAUAUCCCGAGCGAUUUGCCGCCACCGGAAGACGUGAAGACCGACUACAAUGCGGAGUUUGUCGAUGAAGUUGCGAAUCAAGUGCAGCAGCGGUUCAUGGAAACGUGGUCGCCGUCGGUCAACGCCUUUGCGGCGCCGUUGACGCCGGCGCCUAACGUCCGACGGGAUCGGGUCUCGUUACUUUCCAUCCCAAACGACGAAGCCAACAUGCCGGGAAAAUUCCGAUGCACUGCAGAAAUGUUGGACCAUGUGGUUUGGUUGGGAUUUUCGGGCCCGUCUGAGCGAAAGGACGUGACUUACGAGACGGAUUAUUUUCCUGGAGACGGGAGACUUUCAGCGAAACUCUUGCUACCUAAUGGAACAAAUUCGUUGGACGUGAAUUCUACGGGCACUGUUCACUUUAGCAUUACCUUCACCUGUUACCACUCGUGUCGGGUCAGUGGACUCAAUCGCCAACGAAUCGCCGUAUUCUUCAUGCUGGAAAACGAAAGUGGGGAGUGCCUUGGACGUCAGCUGAUGGAAGUGAGAUCGUGUGCGAGUCCCGGAAGAGAUUACAAAUCUGAUGUCUCAAAGCGGAAUUCUGGAGCAUUAACGUCAACCGGGAAACCGAAGAAGCAGAAGAAUUCUAGCAGCUCAUCAGGGCCGAAGUUGUCAGUCAGCACAAGUACCCAAGCACCACAGCCUGACACCGUUGCCAUGGAAGACGCAGAUUUGGCUGUGACUGCGAUCACCGUUACAUCAGAACGCAAGAAGCAAGUCGAAUUCACAGUCCCAUUCAUGCAUACGGGUCUUGCCAUUCUUUACCUGAGACCCUUUUUCACGGAACCACCCUGGUACGCUUUCGCAACCGCGCUUUCGUGGCGAGUGUGGUUGUGUCUCGCGGGAAUUUACUGCCUUGCAACCCUAGUGUUCUGCGUAUCCGCUCGUCUUUCACCAACGGAAAAGGCAGCCAGCAUUUCUGCACACAUGAAUCCACGGUCGACGGGGAUCGGAGCUCAUUAUCAACCAUCCAACUUUCCGGGAACAUUGACGAACACAAGAUCUUCCCCGACGAGCGUCAUUGGGGCGAUGCGGGAGUCGCCUGUUUCCCGCUCAACCCCGACAACUGCAGUUCAGGAGGGGCCAUUCUCAGUCGCCAAUUGCUGCUGGUACUUGAUUGCAGCUCUUCUGUUCCGAAGCACUGUCACACAGCCCCAGCUGCCGUCAAUGCAAAAAGUUGAGGAAAAAUUGUUUCCUUUCCAGUCAACAUCCAUGAAGUUCUUGACCGUGGUUUGGUGGUUCUUCUCUCUACUGUUGUUGCUGCUCUAUGUUCAUGUGCUGGCAGAAGCUUACUCUACCAGAGUGAACAUUCAGCCCAUAAACACUGUUGAAGACUUGGCUAAGCAAAGCGCUGUCAAAUACGGAGCUCUGUCAGGUGGCGCCACUCUUGAUUUCUUCAAGAAAGCCAAGAUGUCGCUCUUCAACCACAUGUAUGAAACCAUGUCUGCCAAUCCCCGAAUGCUCGAACGCACUUACCGAGACGGAGUGGACCGUGUCCUGGAGGAGGACGGCAAGUACGCCUUCAUCAUGGAGUCAGUCGCCAUCGACUAUUACCUGACGCAGCACUGCGAACUUAAUCAAAUGGGCGCGGAAAUUGCGAGGUCGACGUACGCCAUCGCAGCGGCGCCUGGCUCGGACUUGGCGCCUUCCCUUUCAUCGGCCAUCUUGGAGUUACAGGCGGAUGGUAGGAUGUGGCAACUGGACGCCAAGUGGUUCUCGUAUCAGAAGGAGUGCGCUGGAGACAAUGAGUAUGUGAGGGACGAAGGACUGCCGUACCUUGACCUGUACAACUUCGGAGGAGCAAUUUUGGUCGUCAUUGUUGGACUUUUCAUCGGUUUAGGGAUUGCAAUAGCUGAGUCUGCUGUUGCAUCUGCCACCACAGCUCGAUUGAAACACGUCGACCCUCUAUCCGCUGCUCCAAUGACAGGUAUGGGCACAAUCCCAGAGUCACAACCCCUGUCAAUCGCCGUGCCUAAGUUGGAGAUCGGCCCUUACGAUCCUCAAAAUACGCCGGAUUUCGUGCUGUCAUCUGCCGGGAAUGGAGCAGGAAUGUCGCCUUAUCCGGGCGGUGUAGCUGUCCUGCCCCGCCAGGCGGCGCUGCGAACAGCAGGAGGCAGGGCACCCGCGAGAAGGAACCACCCGCAGCUGCGAUGA